CAAGUCAUGUAUAUAUAUAUAUAUAUAUACGUUUACCUAUCUAUCUAUCUAUAUACACACACAAUAUAAGUCUCAAUAUUAUAACAGAAAAUUGUGUGUAUGCCCCAACAUUAGGAAGCCAGUCUGGAGACCAUUCGUUGACACAGACUCGAAAGCGAAACCCCAAACCCUAAAAUCGGACGCAUCGACACCGCAAACUAAGCCUCGUGCACACACACAUCGUCCACUGUUGCAGCGAUGGCGUCGAAACGGAUGAUGAAUGCCACUUCUCGCAACCUCGUCGUCGUCAUCGUCGUCAUGUGCGUGUGCGUGUGUGUUUUCCAACUGCCGGGCUAUGUCUCGUGAACGAAAGCUCCACCGCGACGACGCCGAAUGAAGAAAGAUGAAGAAAGAUGAUGAAGAAGAAGAAGAUCCAUCACUUAAUGAACCCCGGAGACAUAGCCGUUACGGGGAGCGGGGGCACCAUCCCCGACCGUUGUUGUUCUCUUCCCUCCUCCGAGACCCCGACCAAGAGUGCGAGUGCACGAUGGGACCGGGAUCCUCUGCGGGAGCGCAUGAGCCCUGAGCCCGUUGUGACUAAGAAGACUCCCAAGACCAAGACUCCCGGCCGAUCGACGGACCGUUUCAUCACUGACCGCAGUGCGAUGGAUUUCGAGGUUGCCAACUACUUGCUCUCCAAGGAGAACUCAUCAUCCGAAGCCACAUCUCCAAUGAAGAUGGCUUACAGGAAGCAUUUGGCAGAGAACUUACUGAAUGACAACUGCCAGAAGCAAAGUCGCAUUCUUGCCUUCAAGAGCAAGCCUCCUCCUCCUUCUGAAGGUUUCCAGAACGCGCGGACGACUCUGUACUCUCAGAACGUUGGUGCUGGUGACCAGAAGCCCAGGAAAACGUUCCGGUACAUUCCACAAGCGCCCGAGAGGACUCUCGAUGCGCCUGAUCUUCUUGACGAUUACUAUCUUAACCUGUUGGACUGGAGUUCCAACAAUGUCCUAGCCAUCGCUCUCGGCAUGACUGUCUACCUCUGGGACGCCACCACUAGUUCCAUUGAAGAGCUGAUGACAGUGGACGAAGAAGGCCCCAUCACUAGCGUAUCUUGGGCACCAGAUGGACAAUAUAUCGCCGUUGGGUUGAACAAUAGCACCGUGCAGCUCUGGGAUUCGACAUCCCUUCGGCAGCUGAGGACAUUGAGGGGCCACUCGGCGCGUGUGGGUGCCUUGGCAUGGAAUGGUCCCACUCUCGCUACAGGAGGCCGUGACAGUACAAUUCUUAACCACGAUGUGAGAAUCCGAAACCACGUGAUUGGGAAGUUGACUGGCCACGAGCAAGAGGUUUGCGGCCUGAAAUGGUCACCCUCGGGGCAACAGCUCGCUAGUGGCGGCAAUGACAACUUGCUUCACAUUUGGGACUCUGCCGCCGCCUCAAACUCAUCUUCCUACCUCCACCGCCUCGAUGACCACCAAGCUGCCGUCAAAGCCCUGGCCUGGUGCCCCUUCCAGAGUAACUUGCUCGCUUCCGGUGGUGGAACUGCUGACCGCUGCAUCAAAUUCUGGAACACGCACACUGGUGUGUGUGUCAACAGCAUCGAUACUCAAUCCCAAGUGUGUGCGUUGCAGUGGAGCAAGCACGAGAAGGAGAUUCUGAGCUCCCACGGGUUCAGCCAAAACCAGCUUUGCUUGUGGAAAUAUCCCUCUAUGGUCAAAAUGGCGGAAUUCACGGGUCACACUUCCAGAGUCCUCCAUUUGGCUCAGAGCCCUGACGGAUACACAGUGGCCUCUGCAGCUGGAGAUGAAACCUUAAGGUUUUGGCAGGUGUUUGGAACCCCUGAGACGAAGCAAACGUCUCAAAAGCGAACCAAGGAGGUUGGGAGUGCCCUGACAUGCCUGAACAGGAUCAGGUAAGUUCUACAAACCCCUGGUGCAUCUGUAUAUUUGUAUAAACUUAGAAUUGUUAUGUACAUGUUAUGUUCCUAUAGGUUAGGAAUGGAGUGAGCUUUUUCUUCGGGCAAUGUGUCAAGAUUGGACGUCUUGCAAUCGAUUGUUUGCAUUGUUCAUCACACGUGCCCUCUGCGGGUUAACUCUUCGGUGUUUCAUCAACGCCAACAUAUCUCUUGCGUAUUUAUCUCUUCUUGAGUACAAUUCCGGUUUACAUACUGGAGAGUUGACCUUA